UGACCCCUGUGGGAUCCUACUGGAUACACCUUCCCCGUUUGACAGCAAACAAUUGAUAACUACUCUUCUGAGUAAAAUCUUUCAACCAGUUGUGCAUCCACUUUAUAGUAACUUAAUGUAGACUGUGUUUCCCCAGUUUGCUUAUAAGAACGUGAUGUGGGACUGUAUCAAAAGCCUUACUAAAAUGAAGAUAUAACUCAUCUACUGGGUCCCCAAAUCCACUUGGCCAGUAACCCCUUCAAAGAAGGAAAUUAGUUUGCUUUGGCAUGAUGACAAAUUGAUGCUGGUUAUUCCUUAUAAUCCUGUUAUCCUCCAAGUGCUUACAAACUAACUGUUUAAUAAUUUAUUCUAGUAUCUUCCCAGCUAUUGAAGUUAGGUUUACCAGUCUAUAAUUCCCUGCGUACUCUGUGUUCCCCUUCCUUAAAGGUACUUAAAUAGGUACUGUAUUUGACCUUCUCCAGUUUUCUGGGACCUGACCGAUCCUCUUUGAGUUCUCAAAGAUAAUUGCUAACAGUUUCAAGAUAGCUUCAGCUAGUUCCUUAAGUACCCUAGGAUGAAUUUCAUCAGACCUUGCUGACUUGAAUACAUCUAAUUUACCUAAAUCCUUUCUCUAAGUUACUAACAACAUGGAUAAACCAUUCAAACUGUAAGAGUGUUGUAAAUAUCAUUUAUGAUUUGCACUGCAGUAUCCUCUAGCAGCCCUAGUCUGGGAUCAGUCCCCCAUUGACUUAGGUGCUGUGUACAAACACACACACACUUUAAAAGAUGCUCAAUGCCCCCAAAGCAUUUAAUAAUUUACUUUCUGCAUCUGACAGUUGCACUUUGAUUCUCAUGUCCUAUUGUUGGUUGAUUAUAUAGUACCAGUCAUCUAUGAAAUGCCUAGCAAAAAGUUGUCAUUUGGGUUUCCAGCACUGCAGGGGAAGUUUUGUUUGUUUUGUUUUUUCAUUGGAAUAAGAAUAAAAAUUGCCUUGUGGAAAAGCCAUUUCUUAAAUGUAUGUAAACUCUUGCAUGUCCCUUCUUUUUAAAACAAAUUCUAUGUUUUAGUCCCAAACCUACUCAGUGGGAGGACACUGAAGUGUGUUUUACAAUUUAAAACUCCAGUAUUUUCCCCUCACUGUUUAUAAUAGCUGCUUGAAAGAAGAAAACUGGAAUCUCUGUUGCAUGGGACCAAAUCCAGCUAGCUUCACUCACACAAGUAAUCAUGUUGAAGCCAGGGGGCUAGUCACAUGAGUAAAAGUGAUCAGGAUUUGUCCAUUUCUGCAACUCAUGCACUGUGAUUCUUUGAGAGAUCGCACAAACCUAGGCUCCUGUGACAAGCAUGGCCAGUUUAACCAGUUGACUGUCUGAGAAGUACUCUGAUCAAGCUUUACCAGUGCAGGUGCUGGUAGGUGAACAAAGCAGUGAACGUUACCAAUUUGCACAGGGAAGUUCACCAGUCCAGUUACCUAAGGUUUGUCAGUGAAAACAUUUUGGAAUAAAACAAACUUCACCCUUUUAGAAUGGCCAUUUCCCUGUUCUGAGCAGGUUUAGAGGACAUGUUUAUUUAAAACACCAGUAGCUGAUCUAUACUACUAUAAUGUGGGGUGCUUUUAGAAGAAGGAAAAAAAAAAAAGCUCCAUGUGGAGACAGGCAUUCUCCAGGGCCCCAUGACUGGUAAAUAUUUGCUUACAAUACAUUCUGAACUCCUUAGGGAAAGCCUGCAGCUGAGGCCAAGUAUAAAAACCCCUUUCCACAUGAAAAAAAUCAUGACCAUUUCAGCUGUUUAUGACUUUACCCUCAGCAGAUGAACCUGAGAAUCCACUGUCCAAACAGUGAAAUCUCACUUCACCAGUUUCCUGAGAAUUUUUAAGCUCUUCUUGAUCCAUUGAUUUAUUCCUACCUCCCUGGCUGCUCCUGAUCUCUUCUCUGAUCCUGGCACAACCAUGUGAUUCGUGCACAGCAGAGUGCUGAUAGGGAUAAGUGACUGACCCCCAGUUUAAGGUGAUCUUGGUACGUGACCAGACAGAACACAUUUGCAGUUGCCUCAGCUCCAGAAUAGGUUUUUGAAACAUGUUUUGCCUUUACAACAUAUUGGUGUAGCAGCUUUCUUUUUAAAGCUAUGUACAAGAGCUAUUGCCAGAGCGACAGAAAUUACAUCUCCCUUCCCCCUGUUUAAUUGUGUGGCUUGUUCCUGAGCGUGACAACUACAGGGAGGGAAAACUAGCUACAGGGAAUUUUUCUUAAUGGAGCUGUCUUUGUGGCUAAAGCACAGGACUGGGAGCCAGGAUUCUGUUCCCAGUUCUGUCACUGUCUCUGUGUGCCCCGGGCUAAUCACAUUGCCUCUCUGUGCUUCAGUUUCCCCAUAUGUAAAAUGGGAAUGAAAAUAUUUCCAAACCUCACAGGAGUAUCGUAGGGGUUUAAUCUUUGUUUACAUUUGUAAAACAUGUUGAUCUCAGAAGGAAGGAGCUAUUAUAAAUACAAGUUAAUAAUUUAGUCUGUUGAUCUUUUCUACCUUUUUACCUAAACACAGGGAAUAAGAUGCCUAUAGAAAAUUUCAGCACAUUUUCCCCUACCCUGAAUUCUGUCAAUAAUUAAUUUUUAAGCUCACUCUUGUACUGUUAAAUCAGGGCAGAACAUGACCGAUCUCUGGAAUCGUUAAUAUUGCACAUUAGCAAAGGCAUAAAAAUAGAGUUCGAGUGCCUUCGUUCCUAGUGUGGAACAUUUACAUUUCUAAUGCUUUACUGAGAUCACUAGCUUGAGGAAGGGGAGCAGGUUUACUGGUAUAUCAGGGCAACAGAGUAUUAAUGGCAUUGUGAAAGCUCCUUGCAAUGGAUUCAAUAAGCUUCAUAACUCUUUUAUUCAGAGUUUGUUUUGCAGAAAGCUACAAGGAUUGUGGAUGGAACUUACAGAUUUCUGGUGGCUGACUUAACUUUUUUGUUUCUUGUCUGUGAGCACAUGGCUUUUGGGAUUGUUCCUCUCUGAGGGAUGGGUACUGAUGUAUUUUGGCUAGUGAAUGGAAGGAACAUAUAUCAGGAAUGUUCAGGAUUCUGUAAACGUGGACCAGAUCUAUGGCCUGAAGCCAUUUGACAGUUUCCCUUUAAGUACUGCAUGAAUGGAAUUCUCAUAUCUUUGGCUUUCGGGCAGUUUUGUGUAGUACCGCUUUUAUUGAGGGUGAAUAACUUUACUCUCAUGCACUAUCUUGAUAUCCAUGAAGACCCCACAUUUAUUCCAGAGGUUGCUGCUGAGGGAAGAAAGGAAAAGCCUGAGACUAAAAACACAUUGGAGAUUCUCAAGCAGUUGAUGGAGACAAGGUCUCAUCCUGCCAACACUGGGUUCAGUUUCAAAGGGAUCCAGGACUAUCUGAACUGCUACCGGACUGGGGAGUUGACGCCCUUCCAGGUUGCUAAGAAUAUUAUCUCCUCUCUGGAGGACUGUGAGAAAUCCAGCCCCCCUCUCCGAGCAAUUGUGCAGUGGGACCGGGAGCAGAUACAGAAGAUGGCUGAAGCCUCCACUAUUCGUUACAGGAAUAAAUGCCCCCUUUCUCUUCUGGAUGGAAUCCCAGUCUGCUUGAAAGAAGAGAUUAAAGUUGUGCCUUACCACCACAGAGCGGGAACAGCAUAUCUUGGGACAGAGCCAGAGACUGAAGAUGCUACAGUGACCAGGAAGCUGCGGGAGGCUGGAGCGAUCAUUAUUGGGGUCUCAAACAUGCAUGAACUAGGGACUGGAACCACUGGCUGUAACCCCAACAGAUUCCAUGGCACCACUAGGAACCCAUACAACCCCCAGCAUUUCGCUGGUGGCAGCUCCAGCGGAUCAGCUGCUGCUGUGGCGGCAGGUCUUUGCCCAUUGGCUCUUGGCACUGACGGAGGCGGCUCUGUGAGGAUUCCCGCUUCUUUCUGUGGUGUCGUGGGGCUGAAAGGUACAUUUGGGCGCAUCAGUUGUCACGGCUGCCUUCCACUCUCCUACUCCACCGUCAGCCUUGGCCCCAUUUGUACGUCAGUGACCGAUGCAGCCAUUGCGUUCAGCAUCCUAGCUGAGCCAGAUCCACUGUACCCAUAUGGACUACAGCAGCCAAAACCAUCCCUGUCUGAAAUCCUCACCCCUGACCUCAAGGGCUUAAAACUGGGAGUGAACUGGACAUUUUUUAAGGCUUGUGAUGCAGAAAUUUUGAAAGUCUGCCAAAAAGCUGUAGAGCACCUGCAGGCUUUAGGUGCCUCUGUGGUGGAUGUGCCCCUGUCGGAGAUGGAGGAGGUGCGGGUGGCACAUGUGAUCUGCAUUCUCAGCGAGAUGAGGGAUUACCUGCAGCCUGACUUCAACGCCCACUUCCAGCAAAUGAAUCUGGAGACUCGGCUCAACCUUGCUCUGGCUUCCCAGUUCACAGCUCUGGAUUAUAUUAAGGCAAAUCGGCAGAGGACUCGGAGCAUGAGCUUUUUGCGAGAGAUCUUCGCCAACGUGAACUGUAUCCUCACCCCAGCCACUGCUUGCACUGCCCCAAGAAUCCACGACUCUGACCUCUUGACUGGGAACAAUGACGUUCUAACGACACUUCGGACCAUGAGAUACAUGCAGCUUGGAAACUUCACAGGCAUCCCGGGUCUGGUGGUGCCAGUUGGGUACACUGCCACUGGGCUUCCCAUCAGCUUUCAGGUCAUGGCAAAGUGGUGGGACGAGGCCGUUCUUUUCCGGGUUGGCCUGAAGCUGGAGCAGUUCCGUGACAUGACCAGGAAGCCGGCCAUUUAUUACGACAUCCUUGCAUGAUGGGAGCCUCAGAAAGGAGAUGCUAUGAUUGUUCUGGUCUGAUCCGACUGAGUGUUACUGGGGAAGGGAGUAGCUGCUUUUUAUGUUGAUCUCAACAUGGGGCGGUGGCAGAAGCAGGGCUGUUUAUGUAGUGGAAUAGUAGUUUGUUCUAGGAUGAUAUUUAUUCCCAGCCAGGGUCAACGCUGCCGUCAGGUGCAGGGGCUGUAAGAGGAUACCAGUCUAUAUAUGGACAUGGGGCUAAUGGAUGGGUGCAGAAACGCCCAUUUAUUUUUGUAGUUAGGUUAGGUUUGAGGUGUUACAUGGCUAGGACCAGCCAGGGACACGCUCAGCACGACCUCCUCCACAUGGGCUGCACUAGUAAAAAUCAGCUAUGGGUACUCAGCUCCCACAGCCUUCCAUGGGAGGUGGGAGAACUUCCCUGGCCCAGUGCAGCCCAUGGUCCUUGAGUAAAUCCUUUUGCCCUAGUUAUACUAUAGAAAGGAGGAAUGAAACACUGCACUUUCCUGUGUGUUGUGCUUUCUGUUUUGUUUGGGCAGGGGGUGAUCUUUGGGUGGGGGAGGAGUUUUUACACUCAGGAUAAUGUAAUAGGAUCUGUCUGCUCCUGGAGCAAGUAGGUGGUGCAUAUGAAAUGUCGUCACAGGACCAGUCUCUCUUGCAGUGUAUGUGAUAACUAGAGAAACUAAACACAACUCUGCAGGAACAUAGGAAAGUGAAGUCUUUUAAAGCUACUUUUAGAUUUUUCCUGCUUUGCCCCCUCUGCUGGCAGCAUAACUUGGCAUUCAUUGUUAGUGUGGGUUUUCCCUGGGAAACUGGGCAAUGUUAGGAACUGAGCCCUUCCUAGAGCCUGAGGUUGGGGUGCACAGAACUGCAGAAGCCCAACAAGCACGUCUAACUGCAGCACAGCAGUAGGUAAGAGAAGGGACAGAACUACCCAGCCCUUAUGACCUAACAGCCAGCGCCUCCUGCUAAGCCACUCGCUAAAGAGGAGCCGUCAAAGCACUGCAAGGGGAACUAAACUCUGGAACAAGGAGAUGGCAGCUGUCCCUGUCUAGGAAGGAUUUUUACUGGUCCACCCUGUCAUACAUCAAAAAAGCACACAAAGUGAACCCUGUUUACCACAUUCAGUCACUGUUCUUGUUUCCAUGAAGGAGCUAGGCCCUAAGGCCAGGCCUGGCCAUUGAUCACAGCCUAUAGGAAAACCACCUGCCUUUAAUCUCUCAUCGGUGCCUACCUCCUCUACCCCCCGGGAUGGCUUGAGGCUUGUGCCUGCCCAUUCCUGCACUAGUGCAUUCAGCUUAGUCACUUUAUCAGAGCAAGAAAAGGCCUAGCACUAAAUCUGAGUAGGUGGUAGGGCUUCCAGCUGAGAGACUAAAGAGACCAGGCUCCUUAUUUACCCUCGUCCCUAACACUGGCCACAGAUGCACUUAAUAGAGGGAAACUCCUGGAUUCAUUCAAUAUAUUCUUCCUGCUACACCCUCACUUCCAGAAGGUUUUAAAUGUAAAGUUGUUUGCAGAAGCUGCUGCUGUGCCAGAGUAGGACAAGAGCCAUGCUCCCAUUCCCCUGACUAGGAAAGGUGGAGCUUUCACUGCAGUUAGCCCAGGGAAGUUUUGUUUAAAAAAAAACAAAAAAAAAAAACCCUCAAUCCAUUUUCAUCUUCGAAAGGAUUAAGACUGUGGGUUUCAUGGCAUUCAAAUGGAAAAGCACCACACUGGACCCUAUUGUCUCAUCUGUCUUCAGUUCCUGCUGGGAAACAUCAGCAGUCACUGCUAAUUGCUAGCCUCAUUGGCAGUUGGAGAUAGUGAAACAGCGUUGGGUCUCUGACUGUUUUUCAGUUCCUCUUUACUGUAACUACCUAGCUAAGCAAUGAGAACUAGACUCUGGUAUCUUCUGCUGGAGAGCAACUGCCUUAUCACUGAUCGAGUACUUUCCCUACUGUAACUUUAAUUCUAGUUUGGUACAUUUCUGUGGAGGGGCUGCAAGUGUAUGUGUAUUGCCUAAAGGCACCAGGAGACUUCACCAGAAUGUCCUGCAUUGGGAUGGUUGUGGAUGAUGUAUUUUCACUCAAAUAAACAAGUUUGUUCUUUUAA